CAGACUGCGAGAGCAAAGUUGCUGUUUUCAGUAUAUGUAAGCGAUCUUUCUGGUUUUGCCGAGGGUCUGGCAGUUUGGUUUAGGGUUUUGUUGGUGACGGUGUCUCGAGUGUUAAAGAAAUAAUAUUACGAAUCAAAAAUUUUACAUAAAAAAGUUACGUAAUAAUAACCGAAUGAUUAUAAACGAAGUUUAUUUAUAAAAAAAAUACGAAACUAAACGAAUUUAUUGAUAGACUUGUUUUGUGUCAUCACUACGAAUUGAACGAAUAAUGAUGAAUUCUUUGCCAAAAGACACCGUCACAUCGACAAAAUGUUAUUCAACAUUGAUCGACGUAAACGAUCCGAAAAUAAUUGUAAGUCCACGGGCAGAAUCGACCCCCGGGGCUCGGAAACGUCGCAUGAUGGAGCAACCAUCAUCAAAUACAUCGAAAACUCCUAGAAAAGAUCCAGCAAUCACACGAGUAACAAACAAAGUUCCCGAUAAAAUUAAAUACGAAAAAAAUAACGAAAUAAUGCAAAAACCACCAAUGCAUCCUGAUUUACCACGUAAACGUAUCUUAGAAUUAAGCAAACGUGAUGAUUCAACAAGACUACGUAAAACAAUUCAAUGGCUUGAAAAUGGUGCUAAAAAAUUACGUGAUGAUCUUGCUGAAGUUAGAUCAGAAUUGCAUGAAGAAAGACAUGCAACAAGAGUGUUAAAAAAAAAAAUUUUCGAUUCUGUACUUAAUGCACAUAUUGACAAAUCCAUAAUUGCUGAUAUUAAGAUUAAAUUAUCAGAUGUAAUGCGAAAUAGUAGUGCACAAAUACCAAUGAAUGAUAGGAGAGCUGAUUCUAGUAUUAACAAAAAUCACAAAAGAGAAAUAUUAGAAGCAAGAAAAAAAAUUGUUGAGGCAAACGAAAAAAUGAAAAAUCUUAAAACUCAUUCAAUUGAUAGUGGAGGAUUUAGUUCCUUGAAAAGACGGAAAAUUGAUAAACCUGAUUUCAAAAGAGUGGAUAGUGAAAUACAAAGUUUACGACAAAUAAAUAAACAAGAUCGAAAUAACUUUCAGAUGAAGAAAUUGCAAGACAGUGAAAAAAAUCUUCAGAUUCGUCUGGAACCUUGCAUAGAAAAAAAAUUUCAUCGUGGCGAAAAUUUGCAAGAUGAGCAAUUUAAAAAAGAAUGUGAAAUAGAGCGUCUCCGUGAAUUAGCAGUCGAACAACAAGAAGUCAUUGAAUAUCUUCGUCAAGCACUGAAAGAGCGUGAACGUAAAUUAGAUCAACUCUCAAAUAAAAAACGUAAAGAAGAAUUUUAUAAACAAUGGUUAGAACUUGAACCAGUUGCUGAAGUUGAUGAUGAAGAUCAAUAUGAAGAAGAUGACAGUGCAUUAUCAAGUACACCAUCAUCAUUAUCACCCCAACCAUGUUCACAAUAUCAAAAAAAUUCAUUAACACGUGAUUCAUAUGAAAAUAUAAUUAUUGAACUUGAAGAAUUACAAACAAAAUAUAUUGAAGAAAAACAAGAAUUAUUACAUGCAAAAAGUCAAGUUAAGGAUUUAGAAAAAGCACUACUUCAAGAAACAAGAGGAAGUCAAAAUAAUCGUCGUGCAUUGAAUGAUAAAUUAAAACGUGCUGAAGAACGUGAAUUAAGUUUAUUAGAUGAAUUAUCAGAUAUGCGUGAACAAAAUGAAUUACUUGAAUUUCGAAUAUUAGAGUUAGAAGAAACUGGAUCCCGAGAAACACCAGACACCGCUGACAGUGGUAUUGUAUCACCAGAAUUAAUUUAUAAAAUUCAUCAAACUAAUCAAAAUAAUAAACAACAACAGCAGCAACAACAACAGCAUCAUCAACAACAACAGCAACGUGCAAUUGCCACAGUUAUACCAUACAAUAAUAAUAAUGAUAGUGAUAACUAUAAUAUUAAUAAUAGCAAUAACAAUAAUGAUAUUGAUGACAAUAAUAAUCAUAUGGAAAAAUUGUUAUUUACAUCUUCAAAAAAAUCACCAUUAUCAUUACAAGAAAGUGGAAUAUUUGACGAUGAUGAUGUUGAUGAUGAUGAUGAUUACGAUGGACAUAUUGAAUUUAUAAAUUGUGGCACACAGACUGAAACUCCAUCAUGUGAAUUACUUCAAGAAGUUGAAAGACUACAGCAAUUAAGAGAAAGAAUACAAGAAAGAGCUGUUAAAGUACCAGUUCAAGUUGAUAAUACAUUGGAAAUUAUUGAAGACAAUAAUAAAAUAUUAUUUUAUAAAGAAAAAAUUAAAGAACUUGAAGAAAGACUAGAAAUUUAUGAAGUCACUGAUGUUGAAAGGUCAAGAGAAAAUAAAAUUUCAAAACAAAGAGAAAAUGAUUUACUUGAUGAAAAUUAUAGACUUACUGAAAAACUACAUUUGUUGGAAAAUAAAAUUCAUAAUUAUGAAAAACUUGAUAAUAAUAAUAAUAAUAAUAAAGAAAAUUUUAUUGAUAAAUUUUUUGAUACACGAGAUAUUGGUACUUGUACUGAUGAUAAUAUUAAAAUGGAUAAUUGUUUAAAUUGUCAAAUAUUAAAAAAAGAUUAUUAUGAUAUUGUACAAAAAUUUUCACAAAUUGAAUACUUAUAUAGAAAAAAAUAUAUGAAUUUAAAAAAUAAAGAAAUUGCUUUUGCAAAUAUACUUAAAGAAAUUGAUAAUAUUUGGUGUCAACGUGAAGUCAAUUAUAAUACUAAACUUAAAAAAAAUCAAGAUGUUGUUGUUGUUGAUAACAUUGAAAGAAUGAAUUUAAUAAAAAAAAUUGAUGAGUUUGAAAAAAUAUCACAAUUUAUGGAUAUUGAUGAAAUUUUUGAGAUGAAAAGUUUCUCAAAACAUGCACCUCCAUCACUGACUGAUGAUGUGCAAAACAAUAUAUCAAAUAAUCAAGUUAUAAACGUGACUAAUGAUUUAGUUAGUCAGGUACCUUGCAACAAUGUAGAUGGUGUAGUUCAGCCACAGAAAAUCAAUCAAAUGGAUAAUUAUAAUAUCGAGAAUAGUAUAAUAAAGACAAGUGAAACCAAGGCACUUGAGAAGGUUAGAAAACGAUGGAAAUGUCGAAGCGAACGAGAGGGCUGGGCUAUGAAAGUGUCAAAAAAAUUUCAAGAUAAUAAUCGUAACAGUCGUAGAUCAAUCGACAAACACCGUUUGUCGUUAAGAAUCUAUACAGAAAUUUGUGUGUAGUUUAUCUUGUAAGAUUCAUUAACAUUUUUGCAAUAGCUGCAGUAUCAUUUAAAAUUGUUUAUUAUGGACAAAUGAUAUCAAAACGAACCCCUCAGUGAUGUGUGAAUGUUUUCGAAAAAAAAAAAAGUUCAAUUAAGUUUAGUAAAUUUUUUUUUCGAUUGUGAGAAAAUCAAAGAUAAUUACAAAGUAUUGAGGAAUAUUUUUUCUUAAUGAUUUAAUGAUCGAUGAUAUUGCCAAAGGUCAGUCAUCUAAAUUUUUACUGAUACAAAUAGUAACAAAAACAAAAAAAAAAAAACUAUUGACAAAAUAGCUAAUUUUCGUUUUCGUAUAAUGUGUCUAUGACAUUUUUCUUAGCUUUUCGAAUUUUUAAUAAUUAUCAUUAACUGUUUAUAUUCAGCUCUUCUUGAAAUCUUUAUUAAUAAAAUUUCAUUUGCAAUGUUACGGUGCGUUUUCACUCGAGCAUAAAAAAUAAACAUCAAUUGUUGCCGACAAAUAAACAUUUAUUUGACAUUGACAAACAGUUUGAGUGAAAACGCACUUUUAAACAAUAAAAAAUUCGCUUUGCUAAUUGAAUUUCCAUCACGUACAGUUUGACUUAUUGACUUUCAUUCGUUGGUAACAUUUUUCGUCGUACUCUCUAUAUGUAUUUAUAGGAGUGUUUCAAAUUACUUAUGAAAUUAUAUAUAUAUAUAUAUAUUGAGAUGAAAAAUUAAUGUCAUAUUUUUUGAAGGCUUUUGGGUAAUGGUUUCAUUUGCUUAAUAACUUUUUGAAAAAUAAAUAUAUUUUUUCAUUGAUGAACAAAUAAAAAAGAAACAAAAAAAAACAUUCGUUUUUGAACGAAUGUCUUUGUUAUGAGAUCAUUUAUCAGAUUAAAUUAAUUUCGACAGACAAUCUACUUUCGUUGGAGAUGAAUAAAUCAUCCUUCAUUCGUUGCGGUGAUGAUUACUAUAUUUUAUCGAGAUUGACACCUGCCAAAUUCAAAGGAUGGACAAUCGAGUUCUUUAACACAAAAAAUUAAGGACAUUUUUGUUUGCUGGCGCUACUUGGUUUGCCCAAGUGCCGAUCCAGGAACGGUACGUCCUGCCGCACAAAUGAUAAAUCUUCCAACGAGAUUUGAUAAUUUCAAUCAAAUUAAAAUAUCAAAAAACAAUCUUGACUUUUCUCACAAUUUCGAGUUUUAUCACCCACCGAAUAAGUUUUUCCGUUUUAUAAAUUAUAAUUAAAAAAAAAAAAAAUCGUAAAAUAAAUCAAAAUGAUAGUCACACUAAUUAACACGAAACAAAAAAAAAAACAAAAACAAACAAACCUAGAUUAAGCGUUAUUAAUCCUCAUGUUUUUUUUUUGUUUGAUUUCUGUUUGUUCUUGUUUUUUUUUUUUUUUUGUUUGUUCGAGAAUUAUAAAUCAUAAUGUAAUCAAACGAGUUCAGAGUUCCAAGUAAUCUCUAGUCGACUUAUUAA